GGGGAGACUCGACCGAGCCUGUCCAUUCUUCUGGCAGUUUGUUCAACAUAAAUCUGCUGCUGUCUCUCCAACUGUUGUGUUAUCAAACUGAACGACGGAGACAAAGGUGUUCGCAAUUUUUGCUGUAGGCAUGUAGUAGACUUGCCACAGUUUGACGGUGUGAGAGGGUCUUUCCUCCACGAUUGUGGAGUUGUCAGACUUUAUUUCUUUCCAUUAGAACUCAAUAAUUAUUUGCUAAAAUUUACUGUUCAAUGAUGGAUGCCAUCGCGAUACUUAUUGUGGCGGCCGUAGUUCUUCUUGUGGUAGCUGUCUUGGGCUAUGUACUCAGUGCUAAUGAAAGGCCUUAUGAAGGGAGGCUUGAUGAUGAUGAUGUGGAGGAAGUCGAUGGAAGUGCCCGUAAGGUAAAGCGACGCAAGAAUGAUCGCAGGAAAAAGGGUACUUCGAACACGGCGGAUUCGGAUAGCACAGCCUCGCCAGUGCCUCCGCCGGCAAUCAAAACAGAAGAGACUCCACAGCCAUCUCCUGCUCAGCAGAAGGAGGUGAAGAAAUCACCGCCAAGCCCACAGCCUGCCGGGCCUUCAAAGAAAGCCUCUCAACCCGAGGCGCAGGCCAAGGCUGCAGGGAAAUCGCUUGGCAAGGCAAAUAGUGCUGCGGAAAAGCAGGAGAAGGUCUCCGUCGCUGUAGAGAAGUCACCCAAGAGCAAGGCUGCCAGUGCUAACAAGAUCACAGUUGAUGGAGCUAGCGCUUCUCGCUUAUCGCCACGAGGUGCGAAAUCUGGAGAUGGCUCUGGAAAGAGCAAAAAUCCAUCACCUCCUGCCUCUGGCACAGAUACUGCUGCUGCUACUGCUGCUCCUGGCAAAACUCAGAAUGCCAGCCCGAAAACUGAGAAGCCCAAAAAGGCUGCACAGGCUCAAAGCAAACCGAAACCUGUGCAAUCUUCACCCCCAACGCAAAAGUCCAAGCCAAAGAAGAAAGGUGCUUUGGACAACUUGCGUGAGCAGAUGAACGAACUUGACCUGAGUCAGACUGAGUGUCUGGACCUUGUGGAGUUCCUGAAGGAGCGUGCUGAGCAGCAGGGUAGCUGGGUCACGAAAGGUGCCAAAAGUACCAAUGACUCCAUUAGCACGCUGAAGACACGCUGUGAUCAACUUAGCGAGGAGCUAGAGAGCACUCGCCAGGCUAACACUCAGCACCUCCACCAGCUCUCCGCUAAGCGUGUUGAGCUGAUUGACGAGAACAAGCGCCUGCGUCUCCAGAGCACCGAGAUCCAGGCUCUUCUCGCUAAGAGGGAAGCUGAUGUGAAGCAGUACGUCACGCGCGUGAAUAACCUCGAGGAAGAUCUGGCAAAGGCCAGCUCCACGGCUGCUCCAGCUACUGAGGCAGCAGCCAAUGCUGAUGCUUCAGCUAGUGAAGAGUGUGCUUCUCUCCAGAAAGAGAUCUGCCAGCUGCAGGCCCAGGUCGAGAAGGCCAACAAGGAGGCCGAAGCUGCCAAGAGUGCAGCCGACGCUUCCCAGAAGGAGGCCGAGGCUGCCAAGAGUGCAGCCGACGCUUCCCAGAAGGAGGCCGAGUCAGCCCGCGCACAGGCGAAGGCUGCAAGCAGCAGCGAAGCCACCGCAGCCUCGACUGCUGAUAGUCGUGUGCCCGACCUUGAGAAGCAGAUCGCUGAGCUCGAGGCCAGCCUCAAGGCGGAAAAGACCUUGGUGCAGAGCAAUGCUUCAUCAGCUGACACUAAGCUGAAGUCAGCUCAGGGCGAACAAGCUCUCCUGCAGAAGCGCAUCACAGAGCUGGAGAAGUCCCAAGCUGAAGCGACCCAAGUUGAAAGCACUGAGGAGGCUGAGCUGAGGAAGUCACGUGAUGAGUGGCAAUCCAAGGCUGAUAACCUGUCCACGGUGCUCCAUGACACGAAUGAGAUUCUUGGUGGUCUGGAGGAGAAGAUAGCCACAGAAGAGCAAUCUCAUCAGGCUGCUCUUGAUAAGAAGUCUGCCGAAUGUCAGCAAGCACUCAAAGACGCCUCUUCACUGCGCUCUGAACUUGACGGCUUGAAGGCUAAAGCUUCAAGUGACGGUCAAAAAGUGGCAGACCUAGAGGCGAAAGUGAGCGCAGCUAACUCCAGCUCCGAAUCCAUGAAGGAAGAGCUUGCUGCGUUGCAGGGCAAGCAUGAUGCCUUGCAGAGUAAGGUGACGUCUCUGGAAGCGGAGAAUGCCAUGAAGGGUGACUCUGAGGUGUGAAGUCCAUGGAAAAUUAAUGCCAUCAAACUUCUUGUGACUGUGCCCAUCAGCCAGUUGUGAAUUUCUUUUCGAUUGCUUUUUGGUCUUCUCUCUGGCUGUUUCUCGCUUUCCCAUGGUUCCUUCCCCCAAUUUAUAUAAUUAAGUAGCGCCCCUGUUGUGCAGUGUCUUAGUAGAAUAUUAGAGAGGAUAGUGUAAUCAUGUUCUGGUUGAUGUCCUUGCAAAGUGUUGUUGUUUUUUCUCUAAAUUUUGAACUGUGUAUACUAUGUACAUUGUAUAUUUCCAUGUUUUUAUGACAGGUAAAGCUAUGUUUAUAUAUAAGACCAAAAAGGAUGAAAAAAGAAA